AUGUCCUCAGAUACCUGGAUGAUGUGGCACGACCUUGAUCACAACAGCAAGGAUAAUAUGCCGCAGAUUCAUGCGAACCUCAGCAAGAAUGUCUCGAUUCCUUCCGUACAUGGCGGUGCUCUGUGGGCAGAUGAUGUCAACUACCGAUUAUUCCUCUUCGGUGGCGAGUUCUUUAGUGGCAGCCCGACGACUUCGAACUUCAUGUCCUACGAUAUAUGGUAUGAUCAGUGGGAUGAUUUCGGACCGCCCUCCGAUGAUAUCAGGCGCGUCAGUUAUGGUGCUUCUACAACUGUGAAGGAGCGAGGGGAAGGAUAUUACUAUGGAGGCUACCUUUCGAGAGCUUCUGUGCCAGACUGGACCGGCGAACGACAUGCGACAUCAGAUCUGAUCCGGUAUCAGAUGGAUAGCAAUACGUGGGCGAAGUUAUCAGGACCAGACGAUAUAAAACGCGCUGAAGGAGUCAUGACAUUUAUCCCUGCGAGCGACCGAGGAAUGCUGGUCUAUUUCGGCGGCUUUCAGGAUCCUGGCGAUAAUGGCACGAUGAUCUCACAGCCACUGGAUGAGAUAUUCCUCUACGAUAUGAUAUCGAACAAGUGGCAUGUUCAAAAGGCAAACGGGACCAUUCCUGAGAGUCGGGGAAGAUUCUGUGCUGGAGCUGUAUGGGCAGAGGAUCGCAGCAGCUAUAACAUAUACAUAAAUGGGGGUCAUGGACUGGAGGGUCCUGGAUUCGACGACGUCUAUAUCCUAUCUUUACCAUCCUUCACGUGGAUCAAAAGCUAUCCUCUCGACCAAAACGGGACAGGUUACUACCCAUCUCACAGCCUAUCAUGCGAUGUCAUCAACCAAGGCUCACAAAUGCUUACUAUCGGCGGAGCAUUCCCACAAGAGGAAACAUGUGAUGUCGAGGAGGUCUGGGGCGUCCACAACAUCGAUUUGGGCAAUCAGAUUAAGUCGAACUUCAAAAAGGUCUGGGCAGGCUAUGAGCCCAGCCUCUUCGGAUACAAGGUUCCUGACUUUGUGACGGGCGUCAUUGGGGGAACGGAAGAUGGCGGUGCGACUAAGCUUAAACCUGACCAUGGUUUUGUUAAUCAUGAUCUUGGCACAUUGCUCAAUAUGAAAGCAGUCUUUACCAAACGCACGAAGCUCGAUGAUGGGCGCAGUGAUCCGGCGGCUACUUCAUCAACAGGAGGAUCAAGCUCAAAAUCAGGAUUGUCAACAGGUGCGAUUAUUGGUAUCGCUGUCGGUGCUGGAGUUGUUCUACUGGCAGUCCUUAUUGGUCUGUGGCUGCUCCGCAGGAAGCGAAAGGUACAGCGCGAUAUACAAUCAGCUCCCACGACAGAAUCGUUUUACUCAGUCCGAUAUAUGCCGCAAACUUCAAGCCCGCUAAACUAUCCUCAGUCUCCCGAGCGAUGGCACCGCGGAAGUCCCGGAGUUCGAGAGUAUGAGGGGGAAGACCCAGGUCAGGUUCACUACUGGAGACCGUUUCAGGUCAACGUGGAGCCGUGUGAGAUGGAUGGGCAAGGGACUAGAUCACCCGAGACUCACGCCGAGAUCGAAUACAUCAGAAGCCGUGGAGUUUCUCGCUAA